AUGUCCACCAACGACACCACCACCACCACGACGGCCUUGCCCAAGCUCCGCCCGAUUCGAGAUGCCGUUCCCGACAUGGAGGCGCUCCAAGUGGCGGCGCAGACCAAGGACCGCCACGCGACGUGUCGCCACGUCAUUCUGCUGAUUGUACUGGCAUUCAUUGGCACGUUUGUCGGUCUCGCGCUCUACAACAACAGCGCUGCGAGCACGCGCUACCACGCUCCCUCUUUUGCGUACAACGCAACGCAGUGCAAGGCGUGCGGGGCUGAAACGACCAAGAACGGCAGCGUCAUCACUGUCGAUGCGCCGCGCUGCCCCCCGUCGUUUUUCCCAGAGGUGGCGUAUGCAAUGCAGUACUGCCCUGUGGCAGUCGGCGCUCCCUACUGCUGCUGCCCGACCAUCGCGCAUGACCGCGUCGGGUUUGUCGGGUCGUGCCCGUCGCGCCGUGCGACCACGUGCGACUGUCAGUUUGACCGGACGUCGGAGGGCGAUGCAGCGUCGUACCGAGCACUGUACAACUAUGCAAUCAGCUUUGGCGUGAUCUGCUUGAUCUUGCUCUCGGCGUGGUGCUGCCUCCUUCCGUGCUUUCACCGGGCCAUGGACAAGCGCGAGAAGCUUGCGCCGACAGCAAAGGACGCGGCGGUCGUCGCGUCAAGCGCAGUGUAG